AUGGCUGGAAGUAUCGUGAACAUUCCUGGUAUCACCAGCAACGGCAGCACGGCCGCGCUAUUCCACCUCAUCCUCCCUCAGCGAUACGUGAUCGUGCUGCUAACGCUGGUCUGCUCCGCCGUGUGCUACAUCGAACGUGUCGGGUUCUCUAUCGCGUACACGGCGAUCGCGAUCCGCGAGGGAGUGGAUCAAGCGACCAAGGGAUGGGUCAUGUCGGCCUUCUACUACGGAUACGCAUCGUCGCAGGUCCCUGGCAGCUGGACAUCUCAAAAGUAUGGCGGCAGGCUCGUCCUUACAUGCUCGUUUGUAGCUUGCUCCGCUGCUCCUAAUUGCCAUCUGAUCUUCCCCGUUCUCUCCUCCUUUCCCCGCCUGCUCACUCGCUCCCAGUGGACCCCCCCUCACGAGAAAUCUCGCGCAGUGAGUCUGUCUAUGUCGGGGAUGUACCUAGGAGCAGGCAUAGCCAUGCAGAUACUACCCGGAUUAGUAGCUUCUAGAGGGCCCGAGUCGGUGUUCCAAUUAGUAGCAGCCAUGGGCGUCGCGUGGACUAUUUUAUGGGUUAAAUAUGCGACGGAUCCGCCUGGCGGGGCGACAGCGUUCGCGCAUGUGCCUGUGGGGGGCGGCAUGGGGGGGCAUAAGGGAAGUGAAGCGGAGUUGCUUCCGCUGGUGAAUGGGGAGGGGGAACGGGGGAGAGUAGGCGGAACAGGGUUGGAAUCAGAAGUGGUGCAUAGAAUAGGGGGAGGCGGAGGCGGAGGGGGAGGCGCGGGGGGGGGCAAUGGGGGGAGUGGCGGAGGGGGGGGAGGCGGGAAGGGAGGGGGACUAACAUCAAGCACAAUCUCCGCGUUAGGGCUAGGGGCAAAAGGGGGAAGCGAGGAGGAGGAGGAGGAUGAGGAGGAGGAGGAGGAGCAGCAACGGCUAAAGAGACUCGGCGUGGUGGGUGUGGCGGCUUCUGGGUUGAUUCUUGAGGCGUUUUCGGGUGGAGAGGGGUCAGGAGGAGUGGGGAGCGGUGGAGUGGGUGGUGUGGGAGGAGCAGGAGGGGGAGGGGGAGGAGGAGGGGGGAUUGAUCCAGGGUGGUGGUGGGUGUUCUUCACGCCAGCAUCCCUGUGUGUGGUCAGUGCUUUGAUAUUCAAUGCGUUCGCCACGGGAGAGAGGAUCUUUGAGUGA